CGUCAGCGGCGCAAUAUGGAGGAGUACGCCCGUGAACCUUGUCCAUGGAGGAUUGUGGAUGACUGCGGCGGUGCGUUUACUAUGGGGGCCAUCGGUGGUGGCGUCUUCCAGUCUAUCAAAGGGUUCCGUAACGCUCCCGUGGGUGUAAGGCACAGGCUGAAAGGCAGCGCUAACGCUGUGAGAAUAAGAGCUCCACAAAUAGGAGGCAGUUUUGCAGUGUGGGGCGGCCUGUUUUCCACCAUAGACUGCGGUCUGGUCCGUCUCCGGGGGAAGGAGGACCCCUGGAACUCCAUAACCAGCGGGGCCAUGACAGGGGCGGUCCUGGCGGCACGCAGUGGCCCCCUGGCUAUGAUGGGCUCAGCAAUGAUGGGGGGGAUUCUGCUUGCCCUCAUCGAGGGAUUUGGGAUUCUGCUUACCAGAUACACAGCACAGCAGUUCCAGAACCCGAAUCCCUUCGUUGAUGACCCAAGCCAGCUUCCCCCAAAGGACGCAGACCAGCAGCAGGGAAGCCGGGGGUUCGGCCAGUACCAGUAGAACCUGAGCCUGGGACCCAAGCUCAGACACGCACAACUUCAUCCAACCAGACGGAGGGAAGGGAAGGAGCCGAGAUGCUGAGAGAACCUCGUAGGGGACGUGGGGGACCGGGAUCUCUGACUUAAUCUCACUGUUCUUUACAGGGGUCUUAACAGACGCAAGGGCAGAAUG